CUCUCUCUCAAUCCUAUUUCGAAACAGGCAAACACGCUCAAUCUCUCGCUCUUCUCAAUUUGAAAUUCUCCGCUUCAAUUUUUUGUCGCUAUUUGUUACUUUCAUAGAAAGUAAAAAAAAAAAAAAAGAAACAUCCGCCCAUUUCUUUAUAAAUUCUCAUAUUCUUCAUUUUGGGAGAGCGUCCACUCGUUUUUUUCCCAAUGGUUUUUCCAUUUUUCUGUUUUUGAUUCAAUUGGGUUGUUUUGGUUCGAAGUAAAGCCAGCCGAUGAACUUAAGACAGAAAAAGGGUGACGUUUGAGGGUUUAACAAAAUUGGGUGACGGGGAAUGGAUACUAGCAUGGCAUCCGGGAAUCCGUUUUUCGAUGACUUGCAGAACAAGGGUGAGGAUAUUGAUCAUCCACAAAAUGAAGACAUUAUGGAUUGUGAGUCUCUGAAUAUUCCUUCUCAAGCUGCUGUAAAACCUAAUGGGACUGUGUCUAGCAGUGUUCGAGAGCUUUUGGAAUGCCCCGUUUGUUGUAAUUCGAUGUACCCACCAAUUCUUCAGUGUUUAAAUGGUCACACAUUGUGUUCUGGUUGCAAGCCAAAGGUUGACAACCGGUGCCCUACGUGCAGGCAUGAACUCGGGAAUAUUAGGUGUCUUGCUUUGGAGAAACUUGCUGCUUCUCUUGAGCUUCCCUGUAAAUAUCAAAGCUUUGGGUGCAAUGGCAUAUAUCCAUAUUAUAGCAAGCCAAAACACGAGUAUCAAUGUUCUUAUAGACCAUAUGGCUGCCCCUAUGCUGGGUCAGAAUGCACAGUCAUUGGUGAUAUUCCUCAUCUAGUGGCCCACCUAAAAGAUGAUCACAAAGUCGAUAUGCACAAUGGCUGCACCUUUAACCACCGCUAUGUCAAAUCAAAUCCACAUGAGGUUGAGAAUGCUACAUGGAUGCUAACGGUUUUCAGUUGCUUUGGUCAGUACUUUUGCCUGCAUUUUGAAGCAUUCCAUAUCGGAUUAGCUCCUGUUUAUAUAGCAUUCUUGCGGUUUAUGGGUGACAAUAACGAGGCAAAGAACUAUAGCUACAGCCUCGAGGUGGGUGGGAACGGGAGGAAGCUGAUUUGGCAAGGGGUGCCUAGGAGCAUAAGGGACAGUCACCGGAAGGUUCGUGAUAGUUUCGAUGGUCUCAUUAUCCAACGCAACAUGGCUUUGUUCUUCUCAGGGGGAGACCGGAAAGAAUUGAAGCUUAGAGUGACAGGAAGGAUAUGGAAAGAGCAGUGAUGGGGUUGUGCCUGUAAAUCUGCCCUCAUUCUGUUUUGUUGUGAUCCCAAGCAAUAGAUUAGUGUAUCUUUUUGGUAGCUUUAUGGGUCUUUUGGUCAUGUAUUUUUUGGUUUGUAGAGGGCAAACACUCUUGCUUAUCCAUGCAUCAAAUACAUGAUGGGAAAGAUGUAACUUUUAUGCCUGUAAAACUAAUAUCUAUCUGUAAUGAUUUAGAUGGCCAUAAAUUAAGAUUUAUGGUUUUACAGUGUCUUCUCAUUAUUCUUCGGUGGUAAAAGCAUCAUGGAGACCUUUAUAUUAAAAUAUACUAAGAUUUAAAUUGUAUUUUGUCUC